AAAUUUAUAAAGAUGGCCAAAUUCAUAGCUUUUAAUUCCUUGGUUUUGAUCAUUGCUACAAUUGCUUUUCAUUGUGCUAUAGUCAAUGGAAAGAUUUCAAGUAGCAUGUAUGUUAAUUGGGGUGCUCAUCAUUGUCAAAUGCUAGGGGAUGAUCUUCAACUUGUCCUUGAUAAAUCUGCAGGUUCUGGUGCGCAAUCAAAAAGAACAUUUCUCUUUGGUAGCUUUGAAAUGCUUAUCAAGUUGGUACCUAACAACUCAGCUGGAACAGUCACAACAUACUAUUUAUCUUCUACGGGUACCAAGCAUGAUGAAAUCGACUUCGAGUUUUUAGGAAAUGUAUCAGGACAACCUUACAUUCUCCACACAAAUAUUUAUACCCAAGGUGUUGGAAAUAGGGAGCAACAGUUUUAUCCUUGGUUUGAUCCAACUGCUGAUUUUCACAACUACACCAUUCAUUGGAACCCUAAUGCUGUCGUAUGGUAUGUUGAUGGUAUUCCAAUUAGGGUAUUUAGAAAUUAUCAAUUCAAAGGAAUUCCAUAUCCAAACCAACAAGGAAUGAGAAUAUACUCUAGCCUUUGGAAUGCAGAUGAAUGGGCAACAAGAGGUGGACGUGACAAAAUUGAUUGGACAAAUGCACCAUUUAUUGCAACAUAUCGUAAGUUUAGGCCAAGAGCUUGUUAUUGGAAUGGACCAUUGAGUAUUGUUCAAUGUGCUAUUCCUACUAAAUCCAAUUGGUGGAAUUCUCCUUUAUACAGUAAAUUGAGUGCUCCUAAAGUGGAUCAAAUGAACUCAAUUAGGAGCAAAUACAUGAUUUAUGACUAUUGCAAAGAUACUACACGAUUCAAGGGAGUUAUGCCUAUUGAGUGUUCAUUGCCACAAUACUAGAAGGACGUCAAAAUUGGAACGAUACAACGAAGAUUAGCAUGGUCUCUGCCCAACGAUGACACACAUCAUGAAUCGAGAAGGACGUCAAUGUGAAAGCUGCACUUGUUCCAUUUUCUUAUCGGAAAUAAAAUCUUCAAUGUACUCCCUUUGAGCUUCAAUAUUUUACUUCUCGUGUUUGUUAUUUUUGUUCUCCAAAAUAUUUUGUUUUGGUUGUUUUGAGCAAGAAGAUCUUGCUGAGUUGAUCUCUAAUUUAUGUACUCCAUUCUUUUUAAGUAAAAAUUUGGUUGUUUGUAUUAUGCUCCCAAGGUUCAAAUUCUC